AUGCAUAAUUAUAAUCGACAUCGUUUCUACGAUUUCAAAUCUUAUCUACGACAAAAACUACAAGUUCAGUUAAUUGAAAACAAUUUUGAUGUGGAUGGUCCAUCGUCACCACGUGGUAUUCCCAAUUCUCAUCACAAUGUUACAACAACAUCAGGACAUUAUCAACAGCAUAGUUCAGCGAAUAAAACAACAGCGACAGGGAGCGGAGGUGGAAUGCAUCGACGCGAAUCAUUUCUAUAUAAGUGUGAUAGUGAUAAUGAUCUUUCACCAAAAUGUAUUUCGCGUAAUCCGUCCAUCGGAUCAGAAUUGCAUCAAGAUGACAUGAUCGUCACUCCUUUUGCUCAACUUCUGGCCAGUCUCAAGAAUGUGCGGAAAAACUUCGUCGACCUCACCCGUAUACCACCGGAGAAAGCUAAGAGAACAAGUCAACUGAAUUCUGGUCAAACAGCUCCACCGAAUUUCACCAAAAUGAUAACCACCGCAGCAGACGAUAGUUCUUUAUCACAAGCAGUUGCAACAUUAGAAGAACUUGACUGGUGUUUAGAACAAUUGGAAACAAUGCAAACUCACAAAUCAGUAUCGGAUCUCGCUUCGCUCAAAUUCAAACGUAUGCUCAAUAAGGAACUGUCUCAUUUUGCUGAAAAUAAUACUUCCGGAGCACAGAUUAGUAAUUAUUUAUACUCCACUUAUACAGACAAAAAAGAACCCGAUGUUGAUCUAUCACGUGGUCUACAGAUCGAUGAAAGUACAAUAAUUACAACUUCUAAAACACUUGAUUCAUCCAUAUCAUCAGCGACUCUCAUGGGUCAAAUAGCUGGAGUUCAUACUACUACGUUUACAAUAGCAAAUCCAGUGCCUGAAUUAGGCGUCGAGACACCGAAUGCUGAUGAAUUACGUUGUCUGUUGGACCAUAUUAAUGACUGGGGUUUAGACACUUUUCGUAUUGAAGAAUUGAGUGGUCAACGACCAUUAACAGUUAUCACUUAUCGAAUAUUUCAAGAACGUUCAUUGAUACGUACAUAUGGAAUCGAACCUCAUACGUUGAUCUCUUAUUUGCUCACACUCGAAGAUCAUUAUCAAACAGUACCUUAUCAUAAUAAAGCUCACGGAGCUGAUGUCUGUCAAUCCAUGCAUGUCUUGCUCAAUGCUUCGGCGCUUGAGGGUGUAUUCACUGAAUUGGAAAUCAUGUCAGCUAUAUUCGCUUCGGCUAUCCACGAUGUUGAUCAUCCCGGUGUUACAAAUCAAUUCUUGAUAAAUACCAAAAGUGACCUUGCUUUAAUGUACAAUGAUGAAAGUGUUCUGGAAAAUCAUCAUUUAGCUGUAGCAUUCAAGUUGUUGCAAGCUGAUGAGAGAAAUAUCUUCUCACACUUAACAGCCAAACAAAUGAAAAACUUACGAAAAAUGGUUAUUGAUAUGGUUUUAGCUACCGAUAUGUCAAAACAUAUGCAACUACUGGCCGAUCUCAAAACCAUGGUCGAAUCGAAGAAAGUCACGGGAAAUAAUAUAAUUAUGUUAGAAUCAUAUGAUGAUCGAAUCCAGGUGCUUCAAAAUAUGAUUCAUUGUGCGGAUUUAUCGAAUCCGACCAAACCGUUGGAUAUCUAUAUUAAAUGGACAGAUCGUAUAAUGGAAGAAUUUUGGAGACAAGGAGAUAAAGAACGUGAACUACGAUUAGAGAUCUCUCCGAUGUGUGAUAGACGUGUAGCUAGUGUAGAAAAGCAUCAAGUUGGCUUCAUCGAAUUUAUCGUUCAUCCACUAUGGGAAACAUGGGCUGAUCUCGUUUAUCCUGAUGCAAGCGCCAUACUGGAAACGUUAGAACAGAAUCGUGAUUGGUAUCAGGCUCGUCUUUCACCUCCACCAUCGUCAUCGAACACGACAAAUAUUUCACAUUCAUCUCCGCCAUGUUCUUCGCCACCGACGAUAAUGACAACUACCAUAUCAUCCAAUGAAGUAGAUUCUAUACAAACUGUUACAACAUCAUUGUCAACUUCGUUAAGUCCAUUAUCCUCCGAUAUACUUUCUUCUGUGUCAGUAAAUACGAUUUCAGCCGGUGAUCAGCUCAUUCCCACAUCUGCUGCUGCUGUCUUAUCUUCGACUUCUUCUCGAACAGCAACAUCGACAUCUGCCAAUAGUGGUAGUGCUAGUGAAUUCCAAAUGACGGUGACACCAGCCACAUCCUGA